AUGAAGCUAUGUAAAAGAUCUAUUUGUAGUCUUAUCUUUAUUGAUGUCUUGCCUGUACUAUUGUUAUUACUAUUGUUGCUCUCACAUGUCGCUCAUUGUCAAGUGGUGACGCUUGGCGAAGGUUCAUCGGAGGAAGUAAUAAUCGGUUUCUCCAAUGCUUCAAUGUCUUUAGAUUCCCGAAAUAGUACAGUGGCGGUGCUGCUGAGCGGCAAUGUCAACGAUCUCGGUUUCAACUACCAGAUCAAUGCAGGACGUCUAAGGACAGAGAUGAUACUGAAUCUCACUACCAGUCUCUUCCAGAACGUAGAUACACCGGCCAAGACAACGCAGAUCAUCGAAUAUCUGGUGACCAGAGGAUUCAAUCUGAUCAUCUCAACCUCGCUGACCCAAGGUGACUCUGCAUUCAAUGCUUCGCUUAUCUACCCCGAUGUCUUCUUUGUGACGCGAGGCAGUGGAAACUCCACCCGACCAAAUGUUGCACGUAUAACCUACGAUGUAACCUCUGCCGACUAUAUGUCUGGCUACUUUGCUGGCACGGUUACCAAGACGAAUCGCGUGGGUAUCGUCACUCCGGGAGCUGCUCUAAACUCUUUGCACCAGGCUAAUUCGUUCGCGGUUGGAGCGUACUGUGCUGCCAAAGUACUGGGUAAGAACAUCACGGUGUACUCGGUGGAGACUGGUUCCUAUUUGAAUCCCGAUGUUGCAACCAUUGCAGCUUGGAACCUUCUGGCGGUGGGAGCCGACGUACUCUCACAGAUUCAGGACGACAUGACGGUGUCUACCAUCUCCAUGAACCAAGGUAACCUGGGAAUCGGUACCAAUGGAUUUCCACAACGUAGAGUAUUUGGUGCGACCGUCGGAACUAGUUAUAUCAUUGAUUGGUCGAUAUUCUUUACCGAUGCAAUCGUUAGAUUGGAUACCAAUAAUUGGACUGUUGGCUGGAGUUACAACGGUGGAUUUGAUAACCGUGUAUUACAUCUCGAUGUAUUUAGUCGUUUAGUUCCUCGAUCUGCAGUUCAAAUGGUUCAAGCGGAGGAAUUAAAAUUCAAAACAAACACAACUUAUAGACCACAAAACUGUUUUGCGCCUGCUUGUGAUACUAUUUUCAAAGGAAAUUGUACCGAUGGGUGUAUCUCCAACAGACAAUGGAUUAAUAUAAAUAAGUUGCUGCCUUCGAUUGUUGAUUUGGGAACUGCUUUUGUACCACUAACAGAGGUAAAGAUAGCAAGUGGUGUUCAAUUGGUAUUCACUGCACUGGGUGUCGGAUUUGCCAUCGCCUGUGGAGUGCUGAUCAUUGCCGUUAUUGUUUUAAGAAAUGAAAGACCGAUUCGAUCUGCAAGUCCAUUGUUUUGUGUAAUUAUAUUGGUUGGAGGUAUCUUGGUGUUUGUUGGUUGUGUUAUUUGGGUGUCUUAUCCCACGACGAUCGUUUGUCAUCUACGGUACUGGAUUCCGAGCAUUGGUUACGGUCUAAUCGUUGGAAAUCUAGUGGUAAAGAACUUCCGUAUCUAUAUCCUGUUCAAAGCAAUGAAGAAUCCUCGUAUCACCAACCUAAAACUACUUCCCUUCUCCAUCGGUAUCACAUCUGUUCAUGUUCUGUUGCUUAUUAUUUGGUCGACCGUUGGCAAUACCAAAUCAAUCAUGGAUACGAACGACGACAACAUUGGUAAAUACGAGUUUGUUAGAAAGUGUCAUCUUACUACUGCCGGUGAUAUCAUUUUCUAUGCGAUCCUUGUUAUACACGGUCUGAUUCUGUUGGUCGGUUGUUUUGUAUCGUUUCAAAUCAGAGCGGUCGACAUUGAAGAGUUUAAUGAAUCAAAGUCGAUCGCUGCAUUCUUGUACGCAGUGAUGUUUGCCCUAUUCAUUAUCAUACCACUGUUUGUAUCUAGUACAAGUACAUUCAACCAUAUCAUUAUUCUAUGCGUAGCUUUCCUCUUUACAGCCGGGUCUGGUCUGGCGAUCAUAUUCAUUCCUAAAUUCCUGAUGAUAAAGCGACUCCACAAAGACACUAAGCUCGGAAUCAUCAGACGAGACAACAUUUCCAACUUUGACUCGACAGAGUCAUCUUCGUCAAUCAACAGAGACAUCUUCUCAUCAUCGACAUCAUCAAUCAACAGAGACAUCUUCUCAUCAUCAUCAUCAUCAGGUUCUGAUCCAUUCAAAUCAGAUCCCGAUUUCAUGCAUCUUCCCCCAUCAACAACAAACACGACAACUCCAAAUGUAUAA